AAGUAGAACUUGUUGCGGAUCAAUCUCAUACUUCGCGCCAGAAGUUUAGUUACGGCUCUCACCCCUUUAGAAAGAGGCUGUACAAACGCCCAAGGGGGGUUUCUGUUUAGCCUCUCCAUCUGUCUUCUUGAUUCCUUUCCUGUCAGUGUCGAGCUUCUUCUUAUAAUAUCUGUGGUGUUAUGGGACCCUAUCGACUCUGCUAACUAAGCAAGCAUGGCAAAUCAUGAAGGAAAUGGGAAUAAUCUAAUAUUCCAAGCCAAAUUUAAUGGAACAAGAUUUUCACAAUGGAAGUUUGGAGCCCUUAUCAUGGCUCGAGCCAAGAAGCUGGUGGGAAUCAUAGAAGGAACGGAACAAAAACCAGUUGAGGAAUAUGAUGAAGAAGGGAAAUUGAAAAACGGAAGGAAAAUCAACACGUGGAUUGAGAGAGAUGCCAUGGCUGCUGGGCUUAUUUACGGAAGCCUAGAACCCGAGUAUCAGACGUCAGUCGGAGGAUCAGUUGACGCGGCUGACAUGUGGAAAAUACUUAAUCAAGAGCACGCACAAGUGGCAGCAGCCAACUCAAAUCAAUUGACAGCGAAGUUUUUCCAGUACAUCAUGAAUCCUGAGCAUAGUGUAUCGGCACACAUCAACACUAUAAAGCAGAUGGCAGAUGAAUUGAGUAAUGUGGGAGCUCCAGUAUCAGAUGAACAAAUUGAAGAUCGUAUUCUGUCUACUCUACCACCAAGUUUUCAUGGCGCUAGAGCAGCAUGGGAAACUCUACCGUCUGGAGAGCACAGAAAUCUCAUUCGACUGACUGCAAGAAUGGUGCUUGAAGAAACCAGAAACAAAGCUUUACCAGGAGGUGGAAUAAAUCCGGCUGAUGUGGCAUUCUUUGCUUCACACCCGAGCAAGAUACAGAAAUCAACUGAUGAAAAUACUGAAACUGCAUUUGCAGCCCAUGGUGAUUACAGAGGAGGCUAUCGUGGAAGAGGAUAUCGAGGAAGAGGCUAUCGUGGAAAUGGUGGCGAAAGAGGAAGUGGCGGAUACAGAGGUUACGGACGAGGAGAAGGACAUCGCAGCAAUGGAGGUCACCGAGGAGAUUAUCAAGGAGGAAGAGGCCACCAUCAAGGAUCUAAACCACAAUUUGGUCCAUAUGAUUGCUACGAAUGUGGAAAACCGGGUCAUCUAGCACGCAAUUGCUACAACAAAAAGCAGGGAGAGCAGAGAAAUGCACGCCAAGUGAAAUUUGACAACAAUCGCAAAUUCAACGGAGGUGGAGGAGACAACGACAUCCAUCAUCCAGCAUCCAACCUGCUUUCAUCAUACUGUUUCUUGUCAAAGAAUGAAACGACUGUUGACCCAGGAUCCUGGAAAGUACAUGGAAUUGGUUCCAUCAAGCUGGAUGUACUAGGAGUAGGAGACAUCGAAAUAGAAUCGUACGUGGACGGAAAAAGAAUAAUUGGCAAGCUGAACGACGUGUUAUUUGUUCCAGAACUUGGAGCCAAUCUUUUCUCGCUUGGAUCGUGGAUUUAA